GGCUGUGCUGACACGUGUGGCACAGAGCAGCAUGGUUGUGCAGAGUGUCUCAGGCAUGGACGGCGGGGAAGCUGCAGCUAAGAAGAAGAACCACCCGAAGAAGGAUGCGGCAGUGCGCAGUGUCUUGCAGCAGAACAGGCAGUUCCUGGACUUCUUCUGGGACAUUGCGAAGCUGGAUCAGGAUGUCAGACUGGCAGCCACUGAGAACCUCAUCCAGUACCUGAAGUCCAGCGACAAGGCAGAUGAGCUGAAAUACGCCUUUAAGAGACUUGUGGAAGGACUGGCAGCCACUCGGGAAGCAGCAAGACCAGGAUUUAGCUUGGCCUUAGCCCAGGUUCUGCAGUGCUUUGAAGAAGUCCCACUAGCCACGGUUUUCGAACACAUUUACGAGAAGCAUAACCUUCAGAAGGUUAAAAAAAAAUUGGUGAGGAAUGCUGCCUUUGGUAAUUUUUUUGGAGUUCUGGCCCUUUUCCAGUCAGGUCGGCUUGCUAAGGAUCCAAAGGUACUAUUGCAAUGUGUGCAGUUGCUGCAGAGUUUGGCACAGUACAGAGAACACCUGAAGGAUUUACCACGCAAGACUCUGGUGGACAUUCUCUCAGAGGUUCCAGAAUCUACUUUUGAGGAAGUGCUAUUUGGGGUUCUACAGUCAGAUUUGACAUCCGCAUUCAGCACCCCAGAACAUCUUCAUUUGCUUCUUGUUGGACUGCAAAAGUUUCCAGGAGUUCUCAAGCCCAAGAAGCUAAAGAAGUUGCUUGGAACAUCUACAGUUGUUACACAGGACAACAUCCCAAAGUUGGUGGAAUUGAUAAAAAUGGCUGCAAAGUCUGUUAAGAAAGAAAGGUGCCUGCCAGGAGUAGCUCUUGAUGUCCUGAAGAUUGCCCUGAAAGAGGACGCUUUUGAAUUAUUUUGGAAGGAAGUUGUGGAGAAGGGUUUGAUGGAGGAAGAAUAUGGGCCAUGCAUCUAUCUGUGUUACAGGCUGCUUGGAGCUGCUUUGCCUUUGCUGGAUAAAGACCAGUUGCAAAUGAUACUUCGUAGAAAUGUCAUGUUACGUUAUGGGGACCACGUUGUCUCAAUUCAGCCUGCGGACCGCUUUAAAUUUGCACCAGAGAUGGACACCUAUGUUGAAGCAUUUCUGGAAAGUUGUGAUGAUGCUGAGAAGCAAGCGACUGUUCUUAUUGGCUUUUCCUCAUUAACUAACCAAGGGUACCCAGUGGUGCCCAGUACAUGGAAGGUGAUAAAGCAUGUAAAACCAGCUGCACUGCAGAAAUAUAUUGACUGGUUGAAGAGCAUGUUUCUUAUGCCAGACACUGAUUCUCUCCUGGAUUUCACCACCAAGAGACAGAAGGAAAACCAGGACAAUCCAUACACAAAAGACCAAUUUGUAUUUAGACUGCGAAAAUGGAUUAUUCCUCGCCUUACCAGCAUUAUUGACAAUCGCCAGGUGACGCGAGAAGAGCACCAAGUGAUGGACAUUGCCCGGUUUAUAUUGUUCCAUGCAUUCUUUGAUGCAAAAAAAACGAUCUCGGAUAUUCCGGAAACAGAAGCACGUCUGUCUGUGCCUUUGGAUGACAGUACACGGAAACAUAUCGCCGACACUUUUUUUAGCUUGUUGCUUAAUCUGAAUGGUAUGGCUGUGUUAGGAGAAGGUCAUCAAGGUGAAGCAUUAAAUGAAAGGCGCGCGGUUGGAGUUACUGCCGAUGGCAGCUUGUGGAUUCAUUGCCUGGUCCGUUACGCAGACAUGUUACUCUCACGUGGAAAAGCUGUGAAGGCUGUUAAGCCAUUUAGUGAAGAACACACAGACGCCUGGGCUCGAAUGCUGCAGCAGGUCGAAGAUCUCCAGAAGAAAGCCAAGAAGUCAAGUAGUAUGGAACUGUCAGCCUAUCAGCAGUUAUUGCUGCUUGUUGGAAUUCAUCUUUUUAAGACUCCUGAUGAGAGUGUGGAAUUGUUAAAUGACAUUCAGAACUGUCUGGAAAAGGCCGUGAGCAAAAAAGCCAAAAAGAAAAAAGCUUCAGAUGAACCAGAAUGGGUGGAGGUGAUGGUUGAAAUUCUUCUGUCACUCUAUUCUAAACCAAGCAGGCUUUUCCGAGUGGUGUCUAGGAACGUCUUCAAGAAGAUUUGCCAAUAUUUGACAAAGAAUGCCCUGCAGCUGAUCCUGAAUGUUUUUGACCCAGAAGACGAGCAGGAUGAGGAAAGUGCAAUCGUGGUGACAGACGAUAAGGAUUUAAUGAAGGAUUCUGAAGAUGAGGAAGAGGAGAGCAGCUCUGAUGAGGACAGUGCAGAUGAGGGUGGUGAUGAAGCUAAAGAGAGCGAUGAUGAAGAAGAGCCGGCGGAUGAAAAUGUGAAUGAAGUGUUCCGUAAACAGCUGAUGGAAGUCUUGCAAGGUGGCAGAGCCAUGGAUGGUGAAGACAGUGAUGAUGAUGAGGUGGAUGAUGAGACCAUGAUGGCCCUCGAUAAGAAUCUGUCAGCGUUAUUUGCAGAACAGCAAAAGCGCAUUCAGGCCAAGAAGGAUGAGAAGGCCAAAAUCCGUGGAGAAAAGAUAUUGCGGAAGGAUUUUAAGACUAAGGUUCUGGACUUGAUUGAAGUAUUUGUGACCAAGCUGCCAGAUAGUCCGCUGGUAUUCAGUGUCAUUGAGCCAUUGAUUUCUGUGAUAGAACAGAGUAUGAGCUCCGAGUCCAGCCAGCAGGAUCAGGAUUUCCUCCGUAAAACAGCUGACAUUUUCAUGAAUAGUUUGUGUAAGAGCAAGCGGUACUGUAAAGAUGUGUCAGCGCUCAAGGAAGAAUUGCAUGAUAUGAUGGAGCGACUGCUAAAGAGAGCCAGCAAACAAAGCGAUUCCUCUGUAGCCUUGUAUUGUUUCAGUGCAUCACUGUACCUAUUCAAGGUACUGAAGGGCGGUAAUACUGAGCAGCCAGCGGUGGCCGAAAACAAGGGCAAGAAAGCAAACUCCUCGGCACAGGCUGGCUGUCUGGGGUGCCUGGAUCUUCAGAGAGUCACCCCCCUCUAUCAGGAAGCAUUGCAGGGAUUCAUGACCAAGAGAAAUAGCCCUCUGACUUCAGCAAUGUUUCUGGACCUCUUCAAUCGGUUUCCCUUUAUUUGCAAGUCGCUCUUGGGCAUCAUUAUGAAGUCUGUUAAAGACGGUGCUCGGCAGCAUCAACAGGCACAAGCAUGCGGUCUUCUUCUGAAAGCCCUGCAGAACCCCAAUCUAAAGCAGACCCUGUCUCCUUCAGAGUGGCAAGAUCUCAUCAAAGAGGGAGUGACUCAGGUUACAGAGACACUACUUGCCGUGGAUGAGAUUAAAGUGAAAGUCGACCAAGAGAAACUGAUAAAAUGUUUUGAGCUGCUGAAUUUCCUUAUGAAAAUAAUAACUCAACAGAAACUGGAUAUUGACCUCAAAGAGCUCCCUUCAGUUCUUCAGCCAUUAAGUCAGAAAGAGGGAUUUGGGAAAACUGUGCGACUCGAAGACAUGUACUGGAAUGUCAUGAAGUUAUUUGGAUUUACACGCCCAAAAAAAGAAAAGACAAAAAUCGUUCCUGAUGUUGCUCCAGAGACGAAUAAUACUAUUUCAAAGAAAAAGAAAGGCUUCUUACCAGAGACCAAGAAACGUAAGAACAGAAAGAAGGCCACACCUGCUGUUGAAGAGCAGAAGCCCAGUGAUGGAAAAGACCAAAUGGCCUCAGAGCAGCAAGGAACUACUAAAUCUAGAAAAAGGAAGAACAAAAAGAAAAGGAAGUUAGGCCAACAGGAAGGUAGGGAUCAGGAGAACUCAGCAGGAGUUCCAAGAAGUAAGAAAGCCAAACCUAAUUCAGAAAGCAAGAGCAAGACUGGAAAACCUACAACACCAGAGAAGACUAAGAAGAAAAAGAAGGCAAAGAAUGCAGUAGAAAGCUAGAAGUCCAUCCACUUUGUAUUAUGUGCCCUCAAUGAGCAGACGUUCAUGCAGAUCUUGUACAGUAUUGUUUGUUUUUGUAAAACGCAAAGAUGGAACAAGGAGUUUGUUCAGUACUUGUCAGCAAUGUAUUCUGGAGUUCAGAGUUAUCAGGAAAUCUUGUGAAUGAGUAAUGGAUGAGGCUGAAGUCUUUGUGUUGACUUCUAAUAUGCUAAUAAUCUGUGCCUCAUAGAAGAUGUUUUACCAUACAAUAAUAAAACUGUAUUUUUACAGUG